AUGGGCCUUAUUUUCGCUAAACUGUGGAGCUUCUUCUGUAACCAAGAGCACAAGGUGAUCAUCGUCGGCUUGGACAAUGCUGGCAAGACCACCAUCCUCUACCAAUUCCUGAUGAAUGAGGUGGUCCACACGUCGCCCACCAUCGGCAGCAACGUGGAGGAGAUCGUUGUGAAAAACACGCACUUCCUCAUGUGGGACAUCGGCGGCCAGGAGUCACUCAGAGCCUCCUGGAACACUUACUACUCCAACACGGAGUUUGUGAUCCUUGUGGUGGACAGCACAGACAGAGAGCGCCUCGUCAUCUCCAAAGAGGAACUCUACAGGAUGCUAGCGCACGAGGACCUCCGCAAAGCCGCCGUGCUGAUCUUCGCCAACAAACAGGACAUGAAAGACUGCAUGUCGGCCGCCGAGAUCUCCAAAAACAUGACGCUGAGCUCCAUCAAAGACCACCCUUGGCACAUACAGUCCUGCUGCGCCCUCACCGGGGAAGGCUUGUGUCAAGGACUUGAGUGGAUGACAUCACGAGCCGGACUCAGAUAG